GUCGUAAACCUACCAAAACCGAGCGUAAACCAAUGCGAGAUAAAUAUGAAUUAUAUGAUUUGAUUAAACGUCAAUUGAAAAUUGUUGACUCUUGUCUAGUAAAUUUAUCCUCAUCUGAUUUAAUCAAUGUAAGCAAUGAUCUAAAUACAAAUACCAGCUAA